UGUUAGGGUAUGUCAUGUCAUAUCAUGUUUUUUCUGGGAAGUGUUGUACAGUAAUUAAAAGUCUGUUCGAACUUGUUACAUUAUAGGCGGAUUUCUGCAGUAGUCGAGGUUUAGAAUAGGCACUACUUAUUUUAAUUUUAUUAUCAAAGCUGUUGACUUGUGCAUUUCCUAACAGAAUGGCUGAAUGUAUAAAACGAGGAAAGAUAUUCAAUGAUCCUGUUCACGGCCAUAUUGAAAUCCCUCCCCUUUGUAUGAAAAUUGUUGAUACACCAGAAUUUCAACGUCUACGUUUUUUAAAACAAAUGGGUCCUGUUUAUUAUGUCUACCCUGGUGCAUCACAUAAUAGAUUUGAGCAUUCCUUAGGUGUUUGUCAUCUUGCUGGUGCGAUGAUCUCACAACUUCAAAAACAAGAUCCAAACCUUGGUAUAACCCCUGUUGAGGUAUUAUGUGUGCAAAUAGCUGGUCUAUGUCAUGAUCUGGGUCAUGGUCCUUUCUCACAUUUAUUCGACAAUGUAUUUAUACCAUUAGUUGCACCGCAAUCUAAUUUUACGCAUGAAGAGGCGUCUAUUAAAAUGUUUCAACAUUUGAUAAAGGAAAACAACCUGAUGGCAGAUUUUGAAUAUUAUAAUUUAAAGCAGGAGGAUAUAGAUUUUAUUAAAGAACUUAUUGCUGGACCGUCCAAUGAAGAUAACAUAAGACGCGAAAAGAAAUAUCUGUAUGAAAUUGUAGCUAAUAAAAGAAAUUCAGUGGACGUAGAUAAAUUUGAUUAUUUUGCUCGUGACUGUUACAUGCUGGGUUUCAAGAACAAUUUUGAUCAUAAUCGCUUCCUGCAAUUUUUUCGUGUCAUCAAAGAUGAAAAUGGUGACCAUCGGAUCUGCAUCCGUGAUAAAGAGGCUGAGAAUCUGUAUGAAAUGUUUCACACCCGUAAAAAUUUACAUUGUCGAGCGUGUAAGCAUGUUGUUACACAGGCUGUAGAGUGCAUGAUUGUAGAUGCGUUGGUAAUAGCUGAUGAUUGUGAAACUUUUACAUUUCCCGGUAAAGAUAAUACGCCACGACGUUUACGUGAAUGUAUAGACGAUAUGGUGGCGUAUAAGAAACUGGAUGAUACAAUCUUUCAGCGAAUAAUGUGGUCGACAGAACCAGAGUUACAAGGUGCCAGAGAUCUGAUUGAUAGAAUCCAGAAACGUCAGUUAUACAAAUGUGUUGGCUUGGCGCCGCGUCCCGAACAUCUAGAUAAGGAAAGGGAGAAGAAAGUGCCACAAGAAAUCGCUGAUUUAGAUGAUCAAUUAAAUCCCGAUAUUCUCACAUUGUCGCGUGUUCAUUAUGACUAUUGUAUGAAAGAUGAAGAUCCAGUUAGAUAUUACAGAUUUUACGAGAAACCCAAACAUCAUGACACUGAAGACGGUCCCAUUAAGAAAUGUUUAAAACUCUGUGAAGACCAGGGCCCCCAGAUGCUUCCAGCGCAUUUUCAAGUAGACAUGAUUCGUAUCUUCUGCAAGGCAAAGGAUAAAAAAACCAUACAGGCUGCCGAAUCAGCUUUUAAACAAUGGUGUGAUGACAACGAAGUGACGCCAGAGACUAUCAGAGGGGGUUUUAGAUUCGAGGAAGCUACCAAUGGGUAAACCAGCACAGAAUAAAGAUGACAGAUUUAAAGAAAAAGAUGAUAUGGACUUGAGACAUUUUUGUGUGUGUGUUUUUUUAAUUUAUUUCUUUUAAAUUAUUUGCUUGAGAGUUUAAAAUCUAUUUAUUGUUUUACAGUUUUAGUAUAUAUUUUUUGUAUUACAGUUUUAAUAUAUAUUUAUUGUUUUACAGUUUUGAUAUAUAUUUAUUAUAUCACAGUUUUAGUAUCUAUUUAUUGUAUUACUGUUUUAGUAUAUAUUUAUUGUAUCACAGUUUUAGUAUCUAUUUAUUGUAUCACAGUUUUAGUAUAUAUUUAUUGCUUUACAGUUUUAGUAUUUAUUUAUUGUAUCACAGUUUUAGUAUAUAUUUAUUGUAUUACAGUAUUAAUAUCUAUUUAUUGUUCCUGUUCAUGCUUUUACUUUUACUAGGUUUUCUCUAAUAAACGAUGGGGAACUCAUUAAACAUAUGUAAGAGCUAAAUCUGCCUAUUUCAGGUCUUUCUUUAGGCCUGAAAUGUUAUCUACAUUAUUAAUCAGACAUUAAUUAACAUAUCCAGACCAUAAUCAACUCUCGAUGGCAUCGCUAAAAUCCUGGUUCAUAGUGGAUCAAUUUGACUGAAAUUUUCAGCCAAUUGCCUUUACAUUAUCUAGUUUUUAACUAUUAUAGUGAGAACUGUCAGCUCUUUAUCUGAUCUCCCAUAAUGUAUCUUUAAAUGGCAAGGGACACACAUUUAAUAGUAAGGCGGAACAUCUGUGGACAAUCUAUAACUGUACAAGAUUGCACAGUACACACUUAUCAAGCAUUAAUGAUCUAAAUUGUCAUUAGAAUUAGAAGUCCAGAAUUAGUUCACCAGAAGUCGUCGUUUGUUUCAGGAAAUAAGGUCAAAAGGCUUUCAUUCUCUUUAAUGGACUUCAACUAAUAAUAUUUAUUAUGUUAUGUAGAAUAUCGGGUUCUGGAUAAUGUUGAUGAAUAGUUCACAAUAUUGGAUGAUCCUCUCUAUUUUUCAUAUUUAAUUACCGUGCCGGCUUCAGUACCUGCCUUGGUUUGUACAAUAGAAAACGCAAUCGAAACGUUCGUGAUAAGAAUAGUUCAUGAUAUCUAAACAUGGUUUUCUUCUUUAGAAACUGGUAUUUUAAAAUUAAUUACUUGUAAAACGGCAUAGCCCACUUCUGCGUAUUAUCGUGUCAGUUAUUGACCUACGUGACAUUUUACACAUAAUUCGCGCCAAAAUCAAUCAUUUUACUAGUUUCGUAGUAAGCAAUGCCGUGUAUGAUUUCUGUGCGACGGAAAUCAUACAUGGCAUUUCUUACUACGAAAGUGCCAUGGGAAUUUCUAUAUGGAGACUUAAAAGACGUAGUUUCAUUACGGAAAAAAUGUUAAAGGUGUUUAAUAAUAGGUAACGAUUCGUACGGAAUAUUUUGACAGUAAGACCGAAAUAGUAUGUUUCUCAUCAAGGUUUAAUUUUUCGUACUAACCAUAAACAUUAUUCAGAACGUGCAAAAUUUUGAAAUAGCAUCCCUGUUCUUAACUAUUCUUAGCAUUCAUCCAUAUACUUGUUUGUGCUUGUUACUGCAUCUAAUUCUGUCAGGAAUCUGUGAGAAAUGAUGGAAUGGACUGGAACAAUCUACAUCCAUAUCACCAGCUUAUGUAAUCCAGCGUCACACUCUGUGGUGCAUUGGGUAGAUCAGGAAGUUUUAAAUGAAGGUUAAUACCUAGAAACUUAUACGUGCAUUUGUUUCAUCUUGGUUACAUUACUGUAAUAGCUGGUCUAUCGCAGUUAUGGGUGCCAAUUUGAAGAAUGCGGCCGUGCACUUCGUAAUAAGAAGGCCACGGCCAAUCCUACAGGCAGUCCGCUUGUUACCAGUUGAGGCUCGAGUUGAAUUCAAAGUUUUGUGCAUCAUUUUCAAGCUAAUUAAUUACUGUGAGACCGUCCCAGUCUAUCUUCUAGAACUUAUCAAUAACUGUGAGACCGCCCCAGUCUAUCCUCUAGAACUUAUCAACGUUGAUCAACCUUUCCGGACACUUCGAAGUGGUGAUGACACAAAACUUACACACCCAUUUGUCCUCAACCGUCGCGAGCUUAUGGGUAUAGAUCUUUUAGCAUAUUUGCACCUAAAUUAUGGAACAGCAUACUAUCUCCAUUGAGAAUAACUGACAAUUUGAACUCUUUUGAACCUGCUCUUAAAACCUAUAUUUUUAGAAAAUAUUUUUUUUGUGAAGUUUUAAUUGUUAGUUUCUUUUGCAAAUUACAAUGUUUAAUGGUUUAAUUUAUAUGGGUAUACAGCAGUUUUAGUUAUUAGUUAUAUUUACAAUUUUUGAUAAUUUUAAUAGUAUGUUUUAAAGACCAAUCUGAUAUAUGUGUACAACAGUUUUCGUUAUAUUUGCUUUUACUAUAUUUAAUAAAUGUAAUGUAAAUUCAUCAAGUUUAAUAGUUGCUUUUAGUAUUUUUAAUAAUUUUAAUGUAAAUUUAUAAAGUUUAAAAGUUAAUUUGUUAUGUUUAUACAGCGGUUUGAGAUUUUGUUUUAAUGUAAAUCGUUUUAUCAAAAAUAAAUUUUUAUUAUUUGUUGUCGGUGAAUGGAAAAUACUUAAAAUAUUGUGUGAUGACAAAUCUCUAUGUGCUGUAAUACCCAAUUUCUAAAAUCACCCGAAGUAGGCUGUACAUAACUUUGUGCUGCAAAACCCAAUUUCUAAAAUCACCCGAUGUAGGCCAUGCAUAACAUUGGGCUGCAAUACCCAAUUUCUAAUAACUCCCAGCCUAUACGUAACAUUGUGCUCCAAUACAUAAUUUCUAAUCACUUCAAGUGUACAGUGUAUAACUUUCUGCCAUAAUUCCCAAGUUUACAACAUUGCCCGAUUCUUGUGUAAAUUUUCUCAGAUGACAGAAAUAUUAGUUGCUUGUUGUAGCUUGAUUUUAUAAUCUUUUAAUAAUAUAUUGUCUCUAAAUCUUUUAAUAAUAUGUUGUCUCUAAAUCUUUUAAUAAUAUAUUGUCUCUAAAUCUUUUAAUAUUCUGUUCCAUGGAAUUCACGUUUUCUUGAAUGUUUUAUAAAUUUGUGUUUGUUUUAAAAUGUAUUUCUAUUUCAUGAUAAAUAAAGUAGCCUUCUUAUA